CGCCCCCAGACCCCGGCCUCCGGCACCGAGGCGGGAGACCGGGAGCAGCAACAGAGGCAGGAGGACGAGGAGGAGGAGGAGGAGCCGUCGCAGGAUGAAGGAUCGGACUCAGGAGCUGCGGAGUGCGAAAGACAGUGAUGAUGAAGAGGAGGUGGUCCACGUGGAUCGGGACCACUUCAUGGAUGAGUUCUUUGAACAGGUGGAAGAGAUCCGGGGCUGCAUUGAGAAACUGUCGGAGGAUGUGGAGCAGGUGAAAAAACAGCAUAGCGCCAUCCUGGCUGCCCCCAACCCAGAUGAGAAGACCAAACAGGAGCUGGAGGACCUCACUGCAGACAUCAAGAAGACGGCCAACAAGGUUCGGUCCAAAUUGAAAGCGAUCGAGCAAAGCAUUGAACAGGAGGAGGGGCUCAACCGUUCCUCCGCGGACCUGCGCAUCCGCAAGACCCAGAUCAAAAUGGACUCACAGAUGACGAAGCAGGCGCUGAAUGAGAUCGAGACAAGGCACAAUGAGAUCAUCAAGCUGGAGACCAGCAUCCGUGAGCUGCACGACAUGUUUGUGGACAUGGCCAUGCUUGUAGAGAGCCAGGGAGAGAUGAUUGACCGCAUCGAGUACAACGUGGAACAUUCUGUAGACUACGUGGAGCGAGCUGUGUCUGACACCAAGAAAGCAGUGAAAUAUCAGAGCAAGGCCCGGAGGAAGAAAAUCAUGAUCAUCAUUUGCUGUGUGGUGCUGGGGGUGGUCUUGGCGUCAUCCAUUGGGGGGACGCUGGGCUUGUAGGCCCCCCACCCUUCUCUCUCCCAGACCCCUCCCCCACCACAUCGGGAGCAAUACCCCCACCACCCCUUUCACUCCAUCCCCUGCUCCAGGCUCACCCUCAAAACAGACCCAGGCAGCCCCACCCCUCCUCCACUCCCAUGGCAGACCCUGGUGUCCCUGGACCUUACCCGGCCAUGGACCCCCCC